CACACACACACUCACACUCACACUCACACUCACACUCACACUCACACUGAGCAGACUGAAAGACGUGAUAAGGUUAACUGGCAGUGGUUUUGAUGCUGGUAUGUGGCCCCACUGUUUUAUCUAAUGAGGAAGUAGGAUGGCUCCGUGGUGACAGAUGUGAUCUCAGCUCUUUGAAUGUUGAGCGCUGUGACUGCCGGCUGAAGCAGAUAUACUAAACCUUGUUUUGCUCGACUUGUCUGAGAUAUUGUGUAUGUUUUAUUCUCAGAAACUUGCUCUGGUUCGAAACAUCUGAUUGAAAAUGUAUCUUGUAACAUUUACUCAACUACUGGGUUCAAGUACAAUUUAAAAGAUGUUCAGCAGUGCAGAACAAACUCCAGGGUGGUGAAUCUCUACAAAGUUAUUCCUGUGUUUAAGAGCGAGCAUCCCAGAGGUGUCUUGUGUGUCAUCAGGACCUUGAGACACACCCACAGACAUACACAAACACACACACACUGAUGCUCAGCCCCUCCUUUUUACAGUAGACCUGGCAGACCUCUAACAUCUGAAAGAUUGAUGAGGUCCUGUCCAGGCAGAGCCCUAGCACAGCGUUGAUAAGGCAGCUUUAAUUUCACCACAUUUUAUCCCUCGGCCAUUCCUUUAUUAUCCUCUCUUCCUCCAUGCUGGGCAAUCCGGGGGCUGGCUUUGAAGGGUGAGAAAGGAGUAUGGCACGUCAAGGCCACUGGGCGAGGAGGACAUUGCUUUAAGAAACAGGAACAAUGAAAUGCCUCGUAAAUGAUAGUUAUUUUUUCCUCAUGUGGGACAGCCGUGUGAUAGCCAAGCAUGAGCUUAGUGUUGGCAUGUCACUGUCAAACUGUUGGAGCUGGAACAUAGUUAAACUACAGAGGGACACUCAGAGCUGAGAGUUGCUUCACACACACACACACACACACACACACACACACACACCACACACACACCACACACACACACACACACACACACACACACACACACACACACACACACCAAACAUAGUUGUUCCACACAGGACAAUGUGCAACAUCUCAUUCUGUAAUGUGGACAGUAAGGUGGACCAGUUCUUCCAGCCCACGCUCUACAUCAUCGUCAUCGUUCUGGGGCUGCCCACCAACUGCAUGGCCCUGUGGGCUGCCUAUAUGCAGGUAAAGCAACGCAAUGAGCUUGGCAUCUACCUGAUCAACCUGUCAGUGGCUGACCUCCUCUACAUCAUCACUCUUCCUCUGUGGAUCGACUACUUCCUGCAGCACGAUGACUGGAUCCACGGUCAGGAGAGCUGCAAAUUGUUCGGCUUCAUCUUCUACACUAACAUCUACGUCAGCAUCGCCUUCCUCUGCUGUAUCUCACUGGACAGAUACCUGGCUGUGGCAUAUCCUCUGCGCUUUGCAAAGGUCCGACAAAUCAAAACAGCGGUCCUGGUCAGCGCCAUGGUGUGGAUUAUUGAGAUCGUAGCAAACUCUGCUCCCCUCUUCCACGAUGAGCUCUUCCAGGACCGGUUCAACCACACGUUCUGCUUUGAGAAGUAUCCCAUGCAGGACUGGGUGGCAGGGAUGAACCUCUACAGGACAUUUCUGGGCUUCCUCGCUCCAUGGACAGCCAUGCUUGUGGCCUACCGUGGGAUUUUAGCAGCAGUGCGCUGCAACGUCUCAACAGAGCGUCAGGAAAAGGCCAAAAUUCAGCGUCUGGCUUUGAGUCUGAUACUGAUUGUUUUGUUCUGCUUUGGACCGUAUCACAUCCUGCUCCUGGUGCGGAGUGUGAUGUUUCUAAAUAAGCCAUGUGACUGCGGCGCAGAGGAGAGCCUGUUUGCAGCCUACCAUGUGUCGUUGGCACUGACCAGCCUCAACUGCGUCGCCGAUCCCAUUUUGUACUGUUUUGUCAACGAGGGGGCCCGGCACGAUGUCGCCCGAGCGCUCUCAGCUUUACUUUCUGCAGCUUGCUUCAAGGGCUCCUCUUCCUCACCAUCGCACGGGGAGAUACUCAACGCUGGUUCAGUGACUAUGGAAACGCCGCUGGCAGCAAAGAAGCAGCCUUGUGUAUACGCUGAUGGAGCAAAGACCAGCAGCUACAAGACAGAACUGGUGGCUCUGAAGGAGGAGUGUCUACAGAUGACUAUCCUUAGUGUUAGGAAGACUUAAACCUGAAGCUUGCUGUCAAAGGUCCAAACUCUGUAUCUCAGUGGAUGGAGAAAGCCCUGAGAGGGUCCAAUGUCUUCUGGCCUGAGAUGAGAAGCAUUUUCUGAGGCUGUGUGUGAUUUGCCUCAACAUUUCCAUUAAAUGGCAUUGACAAGCCAGAAGUGUAAUGAGAUUCCUGAAAUAUUGUCUCUUGUCACAGUAGCUGCCUGUGCUAGAUUGAAAUGCUCACAA